GAGAAAGUUGGCAUAACUGGCGAUCCAACGUCCUCCGCCAAUCACCGCGCGUCGUGGUCGACAUUCGACCAAUCCCGUCGUUGUAUCUCCCACAAUGCAUUGCGCCGCGCAAAGGAGACUACCAUGUUUAAUUACCGUGGCUCUUGCUCCUCGGCUUCUCUUCGUUGCCGGACGCCAUAGUGUGCAGUCGAUUCAGACGGACGCGUGGUAUAAGGAGUUCCUACCUUGAAGAGAGGAGCUUUGCUCACAAAGCGACAGGAUGGCCGGUACGGAGACUCCGAACGUGAAGUCGGAGGCAGUGAACGCACCAGUUAAGAACAGCAACGAGAACAUGGGGGAACGUAAUCAACCCGGCGGCGGCGGCGGCGGCGGCGGUGGUGGUGGCGGCGGUGGCGGAGGCGGCGGCGGCGGCGGCGGCGGCGGUAUCGGAGGCGGAGGCGGUGGCCGGGGACCUCGCGGCCGAAAAGGCGGUACUCGUUUUUCGGGCCGCGGAGGCGGCAGUGGCGGCAGAAAUGAACCGAUGAAAAUGAAUGACUCCAUGGAUGGAGGGAUGGAUAAUCCUCCUGAAGGCAUGGGCGGUGGCAUGGGAGGUGGUAUGGGGGGUGGUAUGGGAGGUGGUAUGGGAGGUGGUAUGGGAGGUGGUAUGGGAGGUGGUAUGGGAGGUGGUAUGGGAGGUGGAAUGGGUGGUGGAAUGGGCAUGGGACGUGGUGGAGCAAUGCGAGGAAGUGGAAGAGGAGGUCGCGGUGGCGGCGACAGAAACAUGGCCACUAGGUCACAAGACGAUCGACUGAUGGAACGUGUCAUGGCUAUCAGUGGACCUACUCAUGAGCUUCCACCACAAGAUACAACUGAAAAGAAGUUCAGUGGGCGAAAUCGUUUGUAUGUUGGAAACUUGACGAAUGAUGUGACUGAGGAAGAGAUACAGACCUUGUUUCAGAAAUUUGGAGAAAUAUCUGAAUUGUUCGUGAACAAAGAGAAGAGCUUUGCUUUCCUCAGAAUGGAUUAUAAAGCAAAUGCUGAUACAGCUAAGCGUGAAUUAGAUGGUUCAAUGCGCAAAGGUCGUGCUCUGAAAGUACGCUUUGCUCCUCAUUCAUCAACAAUCAAAGUGAAGAACCUUACGCCAUGGAUAUCUAAUGAACUCCUAGAGAGAGCCUUUGGUGUAUUCGGCGAAAUCGAACGUGCAAUCGUUAAGGUUGACGAUAGAGGUAAAAGCACUGGCGAAGGAGUUAUAGAGUUUUGUCGGAAACCAUCUGCUCAAUUGGCUCUGAGAAAGUGCACGGAGGGUUGUUAUUUUAUUACGGCUUCCCUUCGACCAGUGGUUGUUGAACCGUUUGAGCAACAAGAUGACGUAGACGGGUAUCCUGAUAAGAGUUUGCCACGCAAGAAUCCAGAAUUCUUUAAAGCGCGUGAAAUCGGACCACGCUUUGCACAGUUAGGUAGCUUCGAGCAUGAAUAUGGUACGAGAUGGAAGCAAUUACACGAAUUAUACAAGCAGAAAGAGGAAGCACUUAAACGGGAAAUGGCAAUGGAAGAAGAAAAAUUGGAAGCACAAAUGGAAUUUGCUCGCUAUGAACACGAGACAGAGCUUCUGAGAGAACAACUGCGUAUGCGCGAGGCUGAUCGCGAAAGGCAGAAGAGGGAGUGGGAAAUGAAGGAACGACAAGCUGAAGAGCAAAGGACUCGUGAAGAGGAAUUAAGACGGCGUCAACAAGAAGAAAUGGCGAUACGUAUUAGGAGACAGGAAGAGGAAUUGCACAGACGUCAACAAGAAAACAAUUUGUUUAUGCAGGAACAAGCAAUUCGUAGUGGUGGUGGCAAAAAUUAUGAUUCUGUUAGUAGCAAUGAUCGUGACGGAUAUGGUCAACCUGAUGGUGGAAGCGGCAUGCCAGUGGACCCGAAAUCAUUUAUGGACGCGUACAAUAUGGACCGCGGUAGUCGAGGGGGUUAUAACGAUGAUCGUGGGCAAAUAAUGGAUUUAAUGGACAUGAGGGUUGAUAUGGGUAAUAUGGGUGGUGGUCGUGGAGGUAGCGGUGGUAGUGGACGUUGGCAAGGAAAUGACCGUAAUCGCCCAGAUGAUUAUCCUACAAAACGCCGACGAUAUUAGACAUGCGUAGUACAAAAUCUUACUUCGCUGAUUUCUUAAUACUCUACUAAUCGUACUAUGUCCUUCAUUCAUUUCUCAUUUUUAUAUUAUCUUGAUAACCGAUGAGGAAAUGGGGAAGGAAUAGUGUUGAAAAAAAUCGAAUAUGAUUUGUGAGAAUGAGAUGUUGAACAUCGAUGGCAUAAAUAUGAUUUGAGAAAUUCGAUUUGUGAAUGAACGAUGCGUGACCAGUUUUGGAUUUAAACACAAUUAAUGUUUUGAUACUUUGACGGAUUCUGUGUCCUCCAGAUGAUAUUUCUUCUUGAGCAUGUAUUCCGAUUAAUUCAAUUCAUACUAAUAUUCAAUAACAAUAUUGAUGUUAUUAAAAGAAUUGACGUCAUCAGUUUAUUAUAUGUUUUAAGACAUUUGCCUUAAAUUGCUGUUUGUUUGAUAGAUUGCAAAAUAUCAAUUGAAGGGCAAUAUUUAGUACACUAGAUAUCUUAUUGGACACAAUUAUUCCGCUGUUUCAGAUUCGAAUCAUGAUGAUUUUAAAUUAUACAUUAGAGUCUUACUUCAUACUAUGUGUGUUUUAUUUUUAAUAUCUGAAUGAUAUAUGGUCUAUAUAUCUAUUUGCUUAUAAAUACUACACUUAAAUAUAUUAUUUAAAAAAUUGCCAAGUUUAUUUUUAUAUUACAUUUGCAUUACAAAUAUAAGCUGUACACAUUUACUACGAAGUAAGAUUCAAAGUUACAAUUUAUUUCAAAAUUUUAAAAAUUAUAAAUAACGUUAGAUAAUAGUACAAUUUUUUGUUCUACAAUAUAUCUAAAUAUCAUUGCUUUAUUAAACCCUUUUAUUCUACAUUUUUUCUGUAUUUUUAAUCUUUUAUUUCGAUAAUAGUCAUUCUAUUAAUUAUUUAUCUUUAAUGAACUAAUUUAAUUUUUUGUCAGAUGGCACUUUUCUCAUUUAUUAUUUUAUAUUCUUUACUUGAAUUUUCUAUAUACAUAUAUAUAAAUAGUAUUAAUGUAUAAGCGAUAAAACAAAAAGACUAGAAUUUUCUAAUCAAGAUUUGUGCUGACAAUGUGCUUGACUUGAAAAUUAGUGUUAUGUUGUAUUAGAUAUGCUGAGUGUAGUUGCAUCAUAAUAUGCAAAUUUAUCAGUUUCUAAAUAUCCAUCAGUAUAAUUAUCAUUUAGUACAUAAGUUAUAUAUCAUACAUAUUAUAUAUAAAUAUAUACACAUGUCUAUACGCAGUGCUAUCUGCAAAUAUAAUAUUUAAUAUUUUGUGAAGAAUCUUAAUCUACAGCAGUAAUUAAAAGAGAAUAAAGAUAUAUGACACAAA